AUGGCGUCCCUUGCCCAGCAGCCUCAGGAGCACGAGGAGGCAACCGCGGUAUGCGCGGAGCCCAAGGUCUUCGUCGGUGGGCUGCGCUACGAAGUGACGCAGGAGGAGGUCAGCGCCCACUUUUCGCGCUAUGGGCAGCUGCGCACCGCCGUGCUGCUGAAGCACCUCGACAGCGGCAAGUCCAAGGGCUGCGCCAUGGUGCUGUUCGAGAGCUGGGCCAACGCCGAGGCGGCCGUCGCGUCCGAAAACGGUAUUGCAUCCCCCCUGACGGCGCCGCGUCCGGCUGUGGUGAAGUUUGCAGACCCGCAGCGCAAUGAGCACGGCGUGCUGUGUGGCGUGACCCCCAAGAAGCUGUUUAUCGGACAGGUGCCCCCCACGGCGACAGUGGACCAGAUCAGUGCCGUGUUCCAGCAGUAUGGCUCGAUCCUUGACAUCACCACCAUGCCGCCCCGCAAGCCGGGCUCCAUGGGCUGCGCCUUUGUCAGCUAUGGAAGCUGGGCGGAAGCCGAGGCGGCACUAAAGGCUGUCGACCAAAAGGCGACGCUGCCCGGCGGCUCCCACCCCAUCACGGUCAAGUUUGCAGACGCAAAGCCCGCUGAGCUGGCAAAGUUUGACGGCCGCGGCACCAAGCGCGGGGCGUGGGACGGAGGCAUGAUGGGCGGCGGUGGCGGCGGCGGCGGCGGGAAGCGGCAGUUUAUGGGCGGCAUGGGGCGCGGUGGCGGCAUGGGCAUGAACCCCAUGAUGAUGAACCCCAUGAUGAUGGUGGGUCGUCGUAAGGAGGGUAUGGGUGGGGUUGCCAAGGGCAUGAUGGGCAUGAACCCCAUGAUGAACCCAAUGAUGAACCCCAUGAUGAUGAGCAUGAUGGCGCAGAGCAUGGGCAUGGGUGCUGGUAUGGGGAUGCCCGGGAUGCAGGGCAUGGGCGGCGCCGGCCAGCAGCAGCAGCCGCAGCAGCAGCAGCAGCAGCAGCUGCAGCAGCAGCAGCUGGGCGGCCCCGCGCCGCCGCCCAGCGGCGCGCCCGGCGGCGCGGCGGCGAUGGGCGGCGGCUGGGGCACCGGGUACGGCGCCGACGCGAGCGGCGCAGCGGCCGGCCAGUUCGGCGUGCCAGGGGCCGCCGGCGCCCCCCAGGGUGCAGGGGCAGCUGCCGGCUACGGGCAGGCGCCGCAGAUGCCGGGUCAACCGCAGCUGGGCGGCGGCUUUGACGUGACGGGCGGCGCGGGCGCGGGCGGCAUGAUUGGGCCGGGCCUGCCUCCGGCCAGCAUGGGGAUGGGCAUGGGCGGCGGCGGCGGCAUGAUGGGGAUGGGCGGCAUGGGCGGCUUGGGCGGCAUGGGAGGCAUGGGAGGCAUGGGUAUGCCAGGCAUGGGCGGCAUGGGCAUGGGGAUGGGCAUGGGCGGCAUGGGGAUGGGGAUGGGCGGCAUGGGCAUGGGCAUGGGCGCGUCCACCAGUGGCCCCAACGCUGCGCUCGCCGCAGCCAAGGCGUGGAAGCUCUUCGUCGGCCAGAUCAGCUUUGAUCUGUCCGAGGAGCACCUGAUGCCCUUCUUCGCGCAGUUUGGCACCAUCCUGGAACUGGCCCUGCCGCGCUCCGACGGCCGCAGCCGCGGCUACGCGUUUGUGACGUACGCGUCGCAGGCCGAGGCGCAGGCCGCGAUCGAGGGCGCCAACGGGGCGGUGAUCCCGACGGACCCUCGGGCGCGCGCGCUGACCGUGCGGUGGGCCGACCAAAAGGCGCGCUGA